ACCCGAAGAGGUUAAUACCGGGCUUGCAUUCAAGUGAUAUUACCAGCUAUAGCUUGUCGUGGAAGUCUCGAUUGGAUAUUACUGGUGUAGUGGACUGGGGCAGUGAAAACGGUUCCCUUUGUGAGAAGUGAAUGACAGCACUGACGCUAUUCUCUGAAAAGAUUCCAACACAAAGGAUGGAAUAUGGAUAACUCUUCAGACAUCGGAUAAUGGCUACAGCCAUGAAAGCUCACAAUAGAAGUAGAAACAAACAGACCCUUCCGAGGUUCCAGAGCCCCUAUGGCCCCAGGCCCCUCACCCACAUGGGCUUCGAACAGGCCCGGCAUCUCAACCCAGAGAGACUGCCCACCCCCAGCCGAGAGAAGGCAGUGUCCGUGCGACUCCUCGAGGUCAGCAAAGACACGCUGGACCAGGUUCAGAGGCUCUCGGACACCAUCAGACGUCUGACCAUCAACGGCAUGAAGCUGAAGACGGUUCCCGAGACACUCGUGGGCUGUCUGGUCCACCUGGAGAAGUUGGACCUCGGGAACAACAGUCUCGGGGACGCCGGUUUUCCUGACAGCAUGAAGAUGCUGGAGAACCUUCUUGAACUUCGACUGAAUGACAACCAUUUGACGAAGAUUCCUACUUGUCUUAAAAGGUUGAAGAACCUUUGCAGAAUCGACCUUAGCAACAACAAGUUGGAGAGCUUGAAGGGCUUGGAGAAGCUGAGGAGGAUUCAGAUCUUGGUCGUGGACAAUAACAAUCUCGGUGCGGUGUUCAAAGACAUUGGACAUAUGCGGAGGUUGGAGAUUCUGCGUUGCAGCGACAACAACAUUAGAGAUGUGACCAAUGAUAUACGCAACCUAAGGCUGCUGAAUGACCUAGAUAUAUCCAGUAACAGAGUGUCAGUUCUCCCCACGGAUGUGUUCCUGCUGCCGCAACUGGAGGCGCUGAACGCUAGUCAUAACCAGGUUACCAAGGUGCCCACGUUCACUGUGAAAGUCCAGAGCAGGCAUCUGAUCAGUGAAAUUGAUCUCUCGGGUAACAAUCUGACAAAGUUCCCCGGUCACUUGCUAUUCAUGUGUAAGAAACUCGACCUCGGAAGCAACAGACUCAAAGUGCUAUCAUGGAACAUUAUCAAAAAGUUAGAAUGGAACACCGACCAGGAGUUGGUGUUAGAAGGGAAUCCCCUCACAUACCCACCCUUAGAUGUUUGUGAGUCUGGUCUCAGGUCUAUAAUGCAGUAUUUCCAGGAGUCACAGGCAGAGGCUAAAGUAUUCCAAGGAAUAAAGAUUCUGCUACUUGGGUCACACAAGAGUGGUAAGACAAGCUUCGCUCACUCUUUGGUCGACGGGCAACCGCGGAUUGCAGAGGAGGUGUUUGAGAGUUCUGCUGGAGUUGAUGCCUACGAAACCAGUUUUGACUAUGACGUUGAACAAGGAAGACCGGGCAGGUCUCUGAAUCUGUGUAUUUGGGACUUUUGUGGUCAUCCUUUCUACCUUUAUCCACAUUACAUCUUCUUUGAGCUUCCUUCAAUCACGGUUCUGACUUUCAACAUGGCGGAGUACACCACUUCAAAGUUUGAGGAAAUGAUCGGGAGUUGGUUUGACUGGAUGGUAGCCAAAACCAACAAACUGGUGGUGAUCCUGGUAGGGACUCACAGCGAUCUCAUCUCCAGGAACAGGAUCAAAGAAAUUUCCACGGAGGUUCCAAAACAGCUACAGGAUCAUCUGAACCAACAGAGACGGAUGGUUCAGGAGAGAAUCAAGGUCAUUGAGGAAAAGCCCAACAUCUCUCCAACAUUGUCCGAACAACUCAAGUCCUACAUGAAACUCCUGCAGGCCAAGUUCACGGUCCAGACAGACGUGAUAGUCACCAGUUCGUUCAAAUACACAGGAUUUGAUACCUUCCGCUCCGCUGUGGAGACCCUGGCCGGGGAGGAGAAGUUGUUCCCCAACGUGAUGCGAGUGAUCCCAACGUUCUGGGUGGAGGUGGAGACGUACAUCGAGGAAAGGGGGAACAACAUGCCGGUGCCAAUCAUGACAUAUGAGCAGUACACAGGGGAGAUAACUUCCAAGUUCGGGAUGAAACAUCUCAUUGACGACAUCUCUCGAUACCUCCAUGACACCGGCAAGAUCAUCUGGUUUUCCCAGAUCCCAACCCUGAAGCAGUACGUGUUUGUCCGACCGCUGUGGCUCUUCGACAUCUUCAGACAGGUAUUCAGACACGACAUUAGCGAGAAAUACGGCUACCACUCAGAAGACAGUUUCAAAAACGUUGGUAUCAGUCCUGUGAGGUUCGAACGGCUUAAACAGGAGGUCUUAACUGAAGGGGUUGUUGAUAGGGACUUCCUCAAAGGGGCGCUGUUGUACCACCUCCCGAACAACUUCAUUGCAAGCUUCAACCAAGUCCUGCACCUAUUGACUGAAGCGUUAGAAAUCGGUUACCCUGUGAGUAAAGGAUCCACCGAGAAGACCUAUUCCUUAGUGUGUGAACCGGACGAGGAAGGUAAGGUCCGGAUAUCCAAGCUUCUGAUUCCUUGGUUCAGGAAGUCCGGUGAGCCCAGCGAGCUACGAGAACAAUGGGAAGGUAUUGCUAACAGAAGGAAGGUGGCAGUGCUAUUCCAGUUCCCGCGCUAUAUGCCCCCAGGUAUGUUCGAACUGCUUUGUGUGCGAGCACACAGAGAAAAACAUAAACUGAAUUUUUUGUCACAUUGGGGCGGAGGGAUACACGCUCUACACAAAGUUCAUUCCAUGCGGGUGUUGAUUAUGUACUGUCAGUCCCGAGCGGAGGGAGACGGGGUGGUGCUGAGGUUCGAGGUCCGAGACGACAGUUCCGGAGAGGACCAGGUGCCCGCCUCCACCAUGUGGAACACGCUCUUGCCCCUCAUACUGGACUUUGAAGAAAUCAUCAAGAGCUACCUGGGAGUGUGGGUUGAACGUCUGGUGGAGUGUCCAAUGUGCAACGAACCGUCAUUCAUGGGGGAAUGGCUCACGCCCAAGGAUACACAGAGUCUUCCCACAAAGCCGUGCGAGGUCUGCGGCCAGCAAGUUGACACAUCACUUAUCGUGCAGCCUCGCGAGAAGAAACGAGACGAUGUCCUCUUAAUGCUUCGAAGACGUACCGGGCGACGUCGUGGAGCUGCUGUGACGCAAGACAUUGACGCCAUAUCCAAGAUGGCGCCGCCUAAUCCGAGGCGCGUGGCAAUUGUGAUGCCGGAACUGGAGAUACAAGAGGGGCUGAGGGGCUUGCUGGGAUCACGUGACUCUGUUACGUCACUAGCAAGUGACAACUGACCACCAUUGAAAUAACGCUUUUGUUUAUUCGUUAUACCUACUGUAUAAACGUAAAGCCCCGAACGCAAGCUGUGAAUAUCUGUCAAAUGGGUACACUGCAAAAUCUUCUUCCGUUCUUUUCUUCUGUUGUGUGACGGCUGAUUUGCAUUUGUCUUUCCAAGAUAAUUUAAGAAUUUUUAUGUUUUGGACAUCCUUGGCGUUCAACGGACGUUGUACUCUUCCAGUCAAAAAUGAAAAGGUUUUGACGUUCACGGAUAAUAUCUAGCUGAAGGGGGAACCUUUGAGAAAUUAGCACAUUUAUUCUUAAUAUGAGAUUAUCGAGUGAAAUAACAUGUCCGGUGAUGUCAGUGCUGCUGACAUUCAGAUCUGAUUCUUUAUAUAAGAAACAAAUACAUCAUUUAGACGCCAUAGUAACUCAAGUGUCCCCGUUUAAACACUGAAACCCGUGAUUACCUUGACUAUCUGCAUUCGGGUCAAGGACAAAGUCAUGUGUGAGAGACAUGUCGCUUGUGUUUUGUUUAUGGACAUGUACACAGUUCUAUGAAUGGAAGAAUUCUUGUUCUUUAAUGGUUAUGAUAUUUAUUUAUUUUCGUCCUAACAUAAUUACGUGACUUAUUGUACACGUUGACGAAGUGCUUUGCCACAGAGCGUGCUAUUGAAUGCUAUAACAGACAACCUUCUUGUCAAUAUAUAAAGCAUCUUCUCGAGUCAUGGGAAUUAACUGAGUAAACGUCCCGUUUCCACUUGCCAAAUUAGACUGGGGUUUCGUGAAUCGAUCGCAGCGGCACCAGUGGCUAUUGCGAGUUACUCGCUGGUAUGCACUUUCUAUGUCAUUGACCAAUCAAAUUCCAUCUAGAAUGUGCUUCAAACAGAAUGCCAUAAUCCAUGGCCGACUGAUAUAUAUUAAUCAAGAUCUAUUUUGUUAUAAAAUGUGUCUGGCCUCGCGAAGUGGAGACAAGAAAAAUGUGUGUUGCGGACUAUUUGACAAUACAGAGUGUUUUGCAAAAGCUGCAGUCUAACGAAAUUGCCCGACAGUCGCCAUAUUGUUUAUGGAUGUCGAUUCCGAUUUUCAUUUGACUACGUAGAGACUCGUUAUUCCUGCCAGAAUAUUCCAAACUUGUUUUGUUAGGGUUAAAACUGGACGUUCAUUUCCAGUUACCUCCCUUGCUUCGGGAGGUUGUAGGUAAAACAGUGUUUCUGGGUAGAUAGAGUUAAUAAAUAUAUCAUUUGUCAACUUAUAACAGAUUAGUCAAGAAAAAGGCUCAUAAAAAACAACUUUCAUCAGGGAUACCUUUGAUGCCUCGUUUAUCCGAUCUUAACGUUAUGGAUUAACGACGCUUCACUCUAUGAUCCAGUCAAGAGACCAGCAUUACGAACAUAUUUUGUCGACUGCAUAUAUUGUACACAAAGUUAUUUUUGUUCCAUAUUUAGAACAAAAUUCCGUAACAAUGCCAGUGCUUUAUGAAAAGGUCUGUGCCUUAUGUUUACACAUGUCAUUUGAAUAAACAUUAAAAUGUUAUUGAAAGUA